CUCUGUCGAAACGGCCGGUGUGAGGAGACUAUGGUGGGCUACAAAUGUCAUUGCUCAAGUGGGUUUCAAGGAAGACACUGCGAUGAACCGGUCACAGUGUCAACGACGGAAGCGACGACCAAGCCAACGACGAGCCAUACGACCACGAUGUCGGAACGCUCAGACACAACGACUUCCCAAAACACCACAAUAUCUAAGUCAACAGAACUAUCGACUACGGACGCGACGACGAAGCCAGGUACGAGCCCAACGGCCACGAUGUCAGACACAACGACAUCGCUAGAAACCUCCACCACCAAGUCAACAGAACCAUCAACUACGGUAGCGACUACCAAGCCAGAGACGAGCCCAACGACCACGAUGUCAGACAUAACGACAUCUCAAGAAACCACCACCACCAGUAAGUAGAAGUAACAAUGAAAUGACGUCAUGCAUUUGAUCAUUAUUCUAAGGUGUCUAGCCACUACC